UGUGUGGAGGUAGAUUUGUCUCGGUUUUAUUUGUGUGAACAACUUGACAAUCUGUGUGUAAAUGUGCAAUCUGUAAAUAUGAAGCACCUACCACAAAUACAAAAAAUACAUUUUGUAAACUCACAAAAAUAUCUUGCAAAUAUAAAGCAGAUCUGCAAGUAUACAAACAAAUCAUAUCUGUAAAUACAUUCUAUUCAUUUACAAAUAAAUGGGAAGUAUUUGUGAAUAUAUUUUCCGAACAUUUACAACUUUCAAACAGACAUUUGGGAAUAAAAUGUCUAUGUGUGAGGCAGAAAAGCAUUUGUGGAUCUCAGUUCUACACUUGUGGAUUUACAUUUUACACACACAGAGUUUUGAGACAAACUCCAGUCAUUUCUUUACCAUUGAGUUUAUUGUAACCAUUCAGUCCAUUUGCUGUUUACAGCACAUUUGGUAGAAAGUACCAUGACAACAUGGAGGCUAUACUCAGUCGGCAGUUAUCUUCCUUCGUCCUGUACACUCGCUGGAACGGCAAACUCAUCUUACAGGUGGUAACAGUGACUUCUUAUUCAUGCACUCAUUUAUGUAUAACUUUUGUUUUGGUGAGUAACAUAAAGGGAACUACAACUGGCACUUCUCCAUUUAAAACUUUUAUUGUAAAUAUCCAGUUGGGAGGCAGCUAGCUUGCCCCCAGUGGGAGAAUAAUAAUAAUAAUAAAUGUAAAAAUACAGAAACAGCACUUUUUAUUACCAAAAUAUUUUUAUUUUACAUUUAUUUGUGUAUUUAUUUCGGUAUAUAUUGAUUUAUUUUAUUAUACUUAUGUAAUUUUUGGUCCCUCAUAGUUUUCUGCUUUGUAUUUGUACACAGAUGUUGACCUCAACCACUAAUGUCAUUUGUUCACAAAUCUAAAAUCAAUCUUUUUUCUUUUUACAUAUACAAAUCUCUUCAACACAAGCACAAUUUCUUCACAUGUGAAAAAUUGUGCUUGUAUGUGAUGUGUUCUAGGAUUAUACUGGAUUUUUACUUGUACUUGAAUGUGAGCAAAGCAGUAGAAGCAGUCAGCAGGUUCCAUUUGAAAGUAUUUAAUCUGUUGCUUGCCGUCAGUCAGGUGUUAGUGGUUAUAUUUCUACAAAUGAAAGAAACAUCAAUCAAUUCAUCAAUACAUUCUCACUCUAAAUGCGCUAUAUAACCAUGUGAGAACAAACCAAGGAGAUGAGAUGUACUGCUUAACAACCAAAUCAACAUGACUUGAGGAACUAUUAUGAAAUAAAUUCACUCGACACACUCAGGGACAAAGGUGAAGGGCCAGAACAAAGAACACUCAGGUCACCUGUGUGAGCUGGCCAGUUAGCACACCUGUUCUCCUGCUGCUCUUCAGCUCAGCAAGGUCAAGAUAACUAAAAAGAAACUGCAAUAAUCCAAUUGGCAUCUUCAUUGUCACAUCUGAAUUUAAAGUCAGAAUUCUAAAAAAGAAAAAAAGAAAUUCACCUGUGGCCCUGCUCCUAAAACAUGUACAUCCCUAAUCAUCCCAUUUUCUGCAUUUUGCAGGUUGCAUUCAAUAUUAAGGAGUGCGUGCGUGCGCGCGCGUGCGUAAGGGGCGUGGAGGUGGAGGGGUGUGUAUUGCAUCCUCUCACGUGACCAGCCUGUCUGUCCUCUCCUCCUCAGUCCAGAUCUCUUUGUUGUGGUUGCAGCUGCUGCUCUCUUUACGCACCGCGUCUCCGCUCCGCUCCGCACCGCACCGCUCCGCCGGAGCCUCGAACAUCCUCAUUCGUACCGCGCGGAAAACGCCGCCGGAGCGCCGUGAUAAUCACUCGUCCUGGGGGAUCGGGACGUGCAGGGGUCGUUACGUGUUCGACGUCGGACAAUUAUAAUCUGUAUCAGACAAAAUCUGACGCGGAGCUUCGGUGCGGAGGAAGGACGGACGGACGGCGAGGAUGCUGCCGCUGUCUCCUCUGCCUCUACCCUGGACGAACCGGACCGCCUCCGAGGCUUCCUGAACGCGGAAUCAGGCGAGGAGCUCUCUGCACAUUCCUCCAUCGUCACCACAGACUUCUGCACUUUGUCUGCUCCUCUCUCUCUCUCUCUCUCUCCGGUCUCUGGCGCUCUGCUUUCAGCGGGGCACAGCGCGAGGCAGCCGGGGUGUUUUCUGCUGCUUCACCGGGGAUUACAACGCUAGACUGUCCGCACGCCUCUGCACCUGAACCGAAAACCGAGUUGAACUGUCUCAGCCGGUGUCUGGAGGUUGGAUCAUUAUCAUCACCUCCAUUAUGAUCAUGGUGUCAGGCCCUGGGAGGUGUCCCGGCGGGGUUAUCCGGUGCCUGGUGUCCGCCUGUCUGCUGUCUCUGCUGCUCUACCUGCCUGAGGCGCGGGCGUCUUAUUAUCCACAGAGCGGGGAGUGCAAAGGCAAAGGGAAGGACUGCACAGAUCUGUCAGAGAAGAAGAGCGACCUGAGGGUUUGCGAUGACUCUACCUGUCGAUUCGGAGGCGUCUGCAGGGACGACGGCGCUCAGCUCAAAUGUGUCUGCCAGUUCCAGUGCCACAAAAACUACAUCCCUGUGUGUGGCUCGAACGGAGACACCUACCAGAACGAGUGCUACAGGCGACAGGCGUCCUGCAAACAGCAGAGACUCAUCUCGCGGGUGUCUGACGGCCCCUGCUCCACCGAUCCUGGCUCCGGAUCAGGAGACGGAGACGACGAUGAGGGUUCAGGCUCCGACGUCGGGAAGAAGUUCACCAAGUGCAGCACAUGUAAAUAUGGAGCAGAGUGUGAUGAAGACUCAGAGGACGUGUGGUGCAUAUGUAACAUCGACUGCAGCGGUCACAAUGAAAACCCAGUGUGUGCCACUGAUGGAAACUCCUACAACAACCCCUGUCUGGUCAGAGAGGCGUCAUGCAUGAAGCAGGAGCAGAUCGACGUCAAACACCUGGGCAGGUGCCCCGCCGACAAAGAAAAACUGGGGAAGAAGGACGACAGCAGUCCCUUCAAAAUAAAUGUCUUAGAAACCACAGGUCUGGAUCAUGGUGAUGGUUUCUACGCCGGUAUGCCUAUCCCCUGCGCCGACAGCUACGCUGGCUUCUGUGUUCACGGGAAAUGUGAGAUCAAGUACAACAUGGCCACCUGCAGAUGUGACUCAGGCUACAAAGGUACACAGUGCGAUGAACCGCAGGACUUCAACAUCCUCUACGUGGUCCCCAGUGGACAGAAACUGCACUACGUCCUCAUCGCCGCCAUCAUCGGCGCCGUGCAAAUUGCCAUCAUCGUCGCCGUGGUGAUGUGCAUCACAAGGAAAUGUCCAAAAAACAACAGAGGUCGCCGGCAAAAACAAAACCUCGGACACUUUUCCUCGGACACUAACUCCAGGAUGGUAUAGCCGUGUGUGUCGGGGGUUCUUUUUGAUAAGUUUUUUCUUACGGCGUGGGAAUGCCAUUUUUUAAAAGUAGAUGUGUGGUAUUCGUUUAUUUUUUCUCCUGGGAAACCAUUAAAAAAAAGAAGAAUGAGAAUAUUUAUUUAAGGGGCCUUAUUUUCUCUCCUUUCUGCUUUGAAUGGAAUUGUUGCGCAUUUAUUUGUGCAUUCUGUUUUUUUUUUGGUUUUUUUUUGUUUGUUUGUUUUGGCCGCAAGACCAAGAAGAAGAAGCUGAAUCGACAGAACCCACUGUCACUUUACAUUGUUACCAUGUGUAAUGUCUUAAUUACUUUAACUGCUUCAUUAGAGGUUUCGUUGAAUGCUUUAUGAAUAUGGUACCUUUGGUGAACUGGCUAACAGAGUAAUGUCUGCUCCUCUGGAAUGUGCUAUUUAUUGAAAAUGAUUACUUUUAUGCCCCUCUCUGUUUCACUUUUUACUAAUAAUGUGCAGCUGAUCACCAAAUGCAGUUUGUUUUAAAUUUUUUGUCCAUUUUUGUAGGAGGUGAGAAGGGGCCAGCCGGUGAUAUAGAUAUGUUUACACUUAUUCUUUGGUAUGAAAUUCUGUGUAAAGACUUCACUGUGUUUAAACAAGCUAAUAAUUUAUUAUUAUUAUUAUAAUUAUUAUUUUCUUCAAAGUAGUUUUUACUCAAGGUUUAUAUGUUAACUUUUAUUUUAAAACAUUGCUUUCUAAAUUCUAGUUCCUGUAUAUUCGCAUGACUUGUGAAAACUGUGUACCGUGGUGUAGUUUUAAACUUUUUAAAAAGAAAAGCUGACGGCUUCGACGCCUCCUCCGUCUCAGAGCCGCAGAGAUCCGGCGACGGUGGAGGAAAACCCAAAGUCGGACAGAAGAAGGGAGGAGACUGAGUGGGAGGUGUUUUAUCUGUGUUAACGAAAAGGAAUGUGUAAUAGUUUAAAAUCAGUCUGUUGUCUUUAUCAGGAGAAAGAACAAAAACACUUUGAUGGUGGGAAAAUCUCGGCGUACAUUCUCCCAAAAACCACUUUUGCUUUAAUGAGGAACAGAUUUGUGUCGAUUGUAACGCUCAGAGGCGGGAAUGUUUUUUUGCCAUCUCCGUUCCGAAAUCUGAAUUCAGAGGAUUGUAAAGGAAGGAACUGAGGUAAAACUUGUAGUGAUACUUUUCAUGUAACAGGAAGAAGUUUUGGUUGCUGGAUGAUGGCUGCAAUCGAGGCUUUUCUAUGAAUGUGAGAGAAAAAUGUUGUCUCGUUUUUUCUUUCUUUUGUUUGUCUUAAUUUUGCAUUUGCUUCUCUGUGAGACAUUCCAAGCACAGAGAAUCCCUCACGAUAAUAAUCCUAUGGGCAAUAUUUAAGACCGCAUCUCUUUCUGGUAUGAACAUGCAAUCAGAUACAAGUCGUAGCUAACGUCUCUGAGCGUAAUGGCUUAGGAAGUCGUAGCAUUAAGCAGAGAUAACAGACAAAUACUGUAUUUAGAAAAGGCAGCCAGACAAGAAAACAUACAGCAGAUUUGGUCUCUCGAUGGACACUGUACUUCCAAGGAAUGAAAAUGCCUUUUCUGUGUUGUUCCCUUGUGUCCUUGACUUCACUGUAACACAACCUGUUGUUAUACUCUUUAUGUCGAGUUAUAAGUUUUAUAUCAAAGUCCCAUCAUGUCUUUGCAAACUGUCUGAAACUGAUAACUGAACUGUGUUGAUGUAUAAAUUCCACCUCCCUCCCACCUCAGCACGGUUGCUCUGUAUCAACUUUUUUUUGAGGAUACAAUUAAUGUCUCACAACAAACCAAUCAUUGCAAGGUCAAUCACUAAGGAAACCUUCUAGUAGCGUCCAGCGAUGACGCCUUGACAGGUUUAAGUUUAUGUAAAUGGAUCCUUCAGUUCCUUCACGAGUGCAACUGUACACUGUAUUUGUCAUGUUCAGUAUUGGGGAGGUCAGAGACAUCCUAUCUUACUCAGUAGAGUUUGGUAUCUGAGAGCAGAAGCUGACUGCACUUACAAAGUCAAACUGUCACAGUGUUUUCCAGCAGUAUUUUAACCCCAAUCUCACCUGUUCAUGUCACAUUAGAUAGCCGAUUCUCUUCAUGAAAGUCUAUUAAUGCCAUAUCUUUACCAGGCAUCAAAAUAUUCAAAGUUGAUUUGUUCCAAUAACUUGAACGCUCCUAAAUUCCACAAACAAAAUGUUUAAAUGUUCUGUUUUGUCUCGUGUGCGGUGAAGACAGGUGAGCAGUAUAUUCUGAAUCAGGACUUUCAAGGGCAAUUAUCCAUCCAUUAGGUGUACUGCUUAUCCUUUGAGGGGGGCUGGAGCCAAUCCCAUCUGACAUUGGGUGAGAGGUGGGGAACACUUGCACAAGUCGCCAGUCUAUCACAGGGCUGAGAUAUAGAGAUAAAACAACCAUUCACCCUCAUUCACACUUAGGGUCAAUUUAAAGUCACCAAUUAACCUGCAUGUCUUUGGACAACAUGAACCCAGAACCUUGAGGCGACAGAACCAACCACUGUAUCAUCUUGCCACCAAUUAUCUAUGCAUUAACUCUGCUUCCAUUUACAUCACUGAGCAACUUAAACAACUACAACUGAAACUGCAAGAAGAGAAAAAGAACUUAAAGACAGUGAUGAGCAGUUGUGGAAAUAAUAAACAGGAAGUCGGAGCAAAAAAGUCUCGAACCUACAGUGGCCUGAGGGUUCAUUCACACCAGCAUCGAAAGUUUGGAACAGAAUCGAAUGCUGACCUUCAAGGUAACGGAGAGCCGAGGAGUCUAAAUGGAAGAAGCCACUGUAUUAGCUGUGUAGCACCAGUCUGGUGACAAGCUAGCAUGUACCUAGGUAGCUAAUAUAUUACUGUAAGCUCACUUUCCAAAGUAGUUCGCAGACUGGCCGCUGUAAUUCACUGUCUGGACAUCCAAAGUAUAGCUACAACUGGCCGGAAUAAACUAGAUAGGGGCCAGGUGGUUCCCACUUGGUUCACUGAUGCCAGAAAAUAUAGCCAAUAGCAUCAGUCCUCAACCACAGCUGGCUGGAUGCAAGCUUGAUAGCUCUACCAUUAUCAGUAAAAAAAACCGAAGUCAUGCUAAGUUUAGCUAGCAGGAUAGCUAAUUAAGUAGAUAGCCUUGGUCGAUCGCAUGAAAAGUGAAAGCUAAAGAGAGAAUGUCAAACUUUCUAACCUUGUGUCAAUGUCGAACAAUCGGUUUCAGAAAGAUACAGAAGUGAUCAGAGACAGUCACCUCCCAAUCCAACAUCAGAAGGGUGUUUGAGGGAAGGGGAUUUCCAAAGUUAUUUGACCAUCCAAAAAGCACUUCUGACAGAGUAUACUUGCCCCUGUAAAGCAAUUUACCUGCAAUGGAAGGUCCUGAUUCAGAUUUCCCGAACGCUGCUUUCCUUUCUGUAUCUGUGGAAGAUGAAACUCUGAGGCUGUGCUGAGGGAGGUUAGUCUUCUCUGUGUGUUUGUAGUUUUUAUUUUCUGUCACAGGAGUUUUUCUGUAGUGUCUACAGGUCGUAGAUGAGCCGCCCUCCCCCUCCACCCCUACCCUCCGCUGAGCAACGUGUUUCUCCUUGUUGUCGACCAUCGCAGCCGUAACUUCUCUAAAUGUGACUAGAAAGUGUUUGACAUGUUAAUAUUCUGCAUGUAGACUUUGAGAGGCUAUUUUUGGUCUCUGACAAAAUAAAAAAGGAAAUGUUUUUUUAAAGUAGA